AUGAUUCAUGAAUAGAACUUCUGUUUCCACGACACGUGUGUAUACUCUCUUGGUUUGCUUUUCAUCAUUCUCAAACUGAACCUUACCAUAACCAUAAACCACACCACAACUCACAAGCGUGUGUGGUAGCGACUCAUCCUAUUCGGUUCCUGUCUCUAUCAUCUGAAUGUAUUUCAAUUUUUUUUUACAAAAUUCAAUUGCUUGUGCUUUGUUAAAUUCUCUUUCUCUCUUUCCUAAUUUUUACACAAAGCAUAGUUCAAAUCAUCCAAAUUUCAGAAAGAGAAAGUAUAUUUAAGCAGGGAAGUUUUGGGUUUGAGGUCAGUUCCAUUUAUUGGUUAUGCUUCUUCCUCUUCCAUUUCUUUUUUUUUUUUUUUUUUCUGAUACCAUGAAAUAUUGGAUUUUUACCAAAACUGGGUUUUCUUAAUCAUCAAGUUUCCAUCAUUUCUAUGAUCAUGAAACUGGGUUUCGUUUUUUAAUCUCUGUACAUGGCUACUAUCACAGUUUCUCUCUCCAAACGCAUGGGUUUCACUUUCACCUUGCUGUUCUUGAACACCUCGUUUCUCACGGUGGUGUUUUGUGCUUCACUUGUCGGUUAUUUCCACUCUUCAGAACUUCUUUUUAUAAGGAGCAACCACUUUGCCUUUGGUGGUAGCGGUGAGCAUGAUUGCAAGAGCUUCCACAGCCUAGGUGACUACAAAGCCAAGUGCUUGUUCUUGAAAUCCAAUGAACCGUGUGUCUCUCAGGGCUAUGUUGAUUACCUUUACCUUUUCUAUUGCAAAUUUGGGGGAUUACCUCUAUUGGGUCACUCUCUUUUGUUUCUCUGGCUUUUGGUUCUGUUCUAUCUGUUGGCUAACACUGCUUCUGAGUACUUUUGUCCCUCUCUUGAGAAUUUGUCCAAGCUGUUGAGGCUCUCUUCUACAAUUGCUGGGGUGACUCUCCUCUCUCUUGGCAAUGGUGCUAGUGAUGUUUUUGCCACCCUUGUCUCUUUCAACGGGAGUGGGACCCGCGACAUUGGCUUUAACACUGUGCUUGGGGGUGCUUCCUUUGUGUCCUGUGUUGUGGUGGGAAUAGUAAGCAUUUCAAUUCGGCAUCGGGGAAUUCGGGUUAAGAAGUGGGCAUUGAUAAGAGAUGCGUGUUUUCUUCUCUUGGUUCUUCUGUGUUUGUUCACCAUUUUGAUCACUGGCGAGAUCAAUGUUACUGGAGCAAUUGCCUUUUGCUUGAUGUAUGUGGUGUAUGUGUUUGUUGUUUAUGUCUCAUCUGCAAGAGGGAAAGGUGGAUGUGAAGAUGCUGAAAGUAACGGUGAUUUGAGUCGUGGCGAUGGGAGUGAUUUAGGUGUCCCUUUGCUCAGUGGGAUGGAGAAAGGACUAAUUGAUUCUGCUGCAAAUGGAGCUCAGGAAUGUGACAUCAAGAUUGAGAGGAAAUGCUUCUGUACACAAUCUUCAAUGUGUAGAAUGGCACUUUUUGUAUUGGAGAUGCCCCUUUACUUGCCUAGGAGAUUGACAAUUCCUGUUGUUUGUGAAGAGAGAUGGUCCAAAUUGUAUGCAGUUUCUUCUGCUGUGCUAGCACCAUUUCUCUUGUCAUCCUUGUGCAAGGAAAAAAGCUUCAAAUCAAGCGUUAUAGUUAAUGGAAUUGGAUUGUUGGUUGGAAUUAUAUUAGGGGUAACUGCAUUUUUCACAACAGAAGUCUCAAGUCCACCAAGAAAAUACUUGUUUCCUUGGCUUGCAGGAGGGUUUGUGAUGAGUGUGACUUGGAGCUACAUCUCAGCUCAGGAAUUGGUGGGGUUGUUGGUUUCACUUGGUUACAUAUGUGGAGUUAGUCCUUCCAUACUGGGAUUAACAGUUCUUGCUUGGGGUAAUUCACUAGGGGAUUUAGUUACAAAUUUGACAAUGGCUUUAAAUGGUGGACCUGAAGGUGCUCAAAUAGCAAUAUCAGGGUGUUAUGCCGGCCCUAUCUUCAACACAUUGGUUGGAUUGGGCUUAUCUCUUGUUAGCACUACUUUGUCUGAGUACCCAUCAUCUGUUGUGAUCCCUAGAGAUCCAUAUCUAUGGGAGACAUUGGCACUUUUGGUGGUUGGAUUGGUUUGGGCACUUGUUGUUUUGAUUAGAAGAGAUAUGAAGCUGGAUGCACUCUUAGGAGGAGGGCUUUUAGUUAUUUACUUCAUUUCUCUUUUUCUGAGGCUGAUUCAGACACUUGGGUCUCUCCAAUUUCAGGAUAUGUUAGCCCUAGUCUUCAAAAGAUGAUAGGAAUUGAUAAUUUGUCAUCAGAUUGGUAUAGCUACUAGCAACUGACAUUACCUUCUGUAAAGGAACUAUAUAUUAUGCAACUAUUAUAGGUAGAGGCCUAAUUUGUUAGGGUAACUUCCACUGCUAUUUGUAACUAUCUUUCCUCGGUUAAUGCCAUUUUCAAUACAUCCAGAUCACACAAUUACAUUUUGGGU